AUGCCUGCCGAUCACACGAGAAAGAUUGUCUGUUUCUCAGAUUUCGACGGCACCAUCUUCAUGCAAGACACGGGCCAUGUGCUCUUCGACAACCUCGGCUGUGGCGCCAAGCGCCGCGAGAAGCUCGACCAGCAGAUCAAGUCGGGCGAACGGUCUUUUCGCGAAGUAUCAGAGGAGAUGUGGGGGUCGCUGCGGGUGCCGUUUGAGGAUGGCUUCGUGGUGAUGCAGAACGAGCUCGACAUCGACCCGGGCUUUAAGGAGUUCCACCGGUUCUGCGUCGACAACAAAAUCGACUUCAAUGUGAUCAGUGCCGGGCUCAAACCAAUCCUGCGCAAAGUGCUGGACACUUUCCUGGGACCGCAAGAGGCCUCGCACAUUCAGAUUGUCGCCAACGAUGCCGACAUCCGAUCUGACGGGACGGAAUGGAAGCCCAUCUGGCGCCACGAGACCGAACUCGGCCACGACAAGGCGCUGUCAAUCAAGGAGGGCCGCGCCCAAGCCGCCGAGGACGCCCUGGAGGGCGAAAUCCCUCUGAUCAUCUUCAUCGGCGACGGGGUGUCCGACCUCCCGGCAGCUCGCGAGGCCGACGUACUCUUCGCGCGCAAAGGUCUGCGCCUGGAGGAAUACUGCAUGGAGAACAAGAUUGCCUACACAGGGUUCGACUCGUUUUCCGACGUCAAGCGCGAGGUCCAAGCCAUCAUGAAGGAGGACCAGGAGAAGACCGGAGGUGUGGGCAAACCCGCCCGGUUCAACCCGCGCGCCAACAUGUGGCGGCGGAUUUCCAGCAAGCAAGCUCUACCGAAAUUCGUCGCGGCCACGCCAUCCAACGAAGAGAAGAUGUUCUUGUGGCCGGAGAGCUUCUCCCAGUACCAACCCAAGGACAGGUCACAGAACGUCCAGGCGUGA